AUGGCCCCCCCCGCGCUGCCCCCCCCCUCAGUCUCGGAGCCGGUCCCGGGCUCGGGGCGGGGGUCCCGGGCUCGCCCCCCCCGGUACCGCAGACACCCCAAACCCCCCUACUCCUACCUGGCGCUCAUCGCCCUCGUCAUCCGCGCCGCCCCCGGCCACCGCCUCAAGCUCGCGCAGAUCCUGCAGCGGAUCCGGGCGCUGUUCCCGUUCUUCGGGGGGGGGUACCAGGGCUGGAAGGACUCCGUGCGCCACAACCUCUCCUCCAACCCCUGCUUCGCCAAGGUGCUGAAGGACCCCUCCCGGCCCAAGGCCAAAGGCAAUUACUGGACGGUGGACGUGAGCCGCAUCCCCCCCGCCGCUCUGCGCCUCCAGAACACAGCGGUGGCGCGGGGUGGGGGCGCCCCAACUUUUGCCCGUGACUUGACCCCCUUCAUCCUCCAAGGCCACCCUUAUCCCCCAACACCCCCCCUCGACCCCCCCAAACCCCCCCCUUCCACCUUCUCCAUCGCUUCUUUGCUCAGAGAAUUCCCUGAGGGGGAGGGAACCCCCCAAAUAGAGGGGGGGCAACACCCUUCCGCUUCAUUUUGGGAGGCUGCACCCCUUUUUCCCCUCUGGGUGCCCCCACCUCCUUGUGGGAAAGCAGUGGGGGGGUCUGACCCUAAGGGGGGUCCCCACGCGAUGCCCCACCUCCCAAAUUGGGGGCAGCUCCCCACCUCCUACAGCACCUCGGUGGCCCCCAACGCUGUGGCCCCCCCUUGUGGCACCCCCUUCCUCUCCUUGAGGUGGGGGGUGCUGCCCCCCAGCCCCCCAAAACCCCUCGGCGUCCCCUCAGACCCCAAAUCUGAGGAAGGGGGGGCACAGGCGAUGCCCCCCAACAAAAGCAUCUUCGAUGUCUGGCUCAGUCACCCCGGGGACACUGUGAACCCCGCACUGCACGGGUAG